GGUUACGCCUCUUUUUGUCGGAUUCCGGUUACAUUCUCUUAUCGAUUGUUUGUUGACACUUUUCCCUGUCGAAAAUUAUCAUUUUUUAGGCGUUUAAGGAAAUUUAUCUAAAAAUUAAAAAUGGAAACUGAGGAGGAUAAUCAAGGAAUAUCAGACAACGAACUUGAUUUUGAAGAGGAUGCCAAAGAUGAAAAAGAAGUCUUAGAUGAGGAGGAGGACGAGGCUAAUAGGGAAGUCAAUGCUGGUCAAGAGAAGCCUGAAGAAGUCAAAGAAGAUGAAGAAUUGUUGCAAGAAGAUGAUCAGGAAGUGACCUGUGAGGUUGGGCAAGGAGAUCCUGAAAAAAGCAAAGAAAACGAAAGUGGAAGUGCGAGCGAAAGUGAAGGAGAGAUAUCAGACAGUGACGACAAUGAUCACGCAGAGAAAACAUCGGAUGCCAAAGUUGGUGAUGACAGGGAAGAAGGAGAGUGUUCUGACGGAGAGGAACCUGUGGAAGUCCCCCAAAACAACAGACCUAGAAUUCCGUGCCGGUUUUUCAGCAGAGGUUUCUGCAGUUGGGGGAUGAACUGCAAGUUUAUCCAUGCUGGCUUUAAUGAUAAGGGAAACUACCGUAUGUUUGAACCUAUGAAACACCCAGUAGUAUACAAUAACGAAAAUAUCCAUCCGAUGCGCAUGAGACCACCGCCCGUCAUGGCACCUAGACCAGAGCCUGCGGGGCCGAAGCAAGAGACUGCUUGGGAGCGGGGUUUGCGGCAUGCAAAAGAGAUGAUGAGGCAAGCCAAGCAAAGGAAAGAGACUGAUAUUGAUUUUGAGGACAAAAAAAUGAACCUUAGUUUGGGAGAAGAUGAUAUUCUCAAGGAUGAUGUUUUGUACACCAGGCCGGCCAGCCCGCUUUUCUCGAAAAGCGAUUUGGAUGAUGAAAACAACUAUCCGCUUGAAAGAAUAAACUACAACACCCAAAUGGAAAGACCGCCUAUGCAGAGGCGCAUGCCAUAUCAAGGUCCAAGAAAUUUCAAUGGAAGGGGAGGUGGUGGUGGUGGCCCUCCUAAUUAUCGAAAUGAUUAUAAUAAUCAAGGAUUCAAAGGAAGAGGCCAAGGAGGUGGUGAAUAUUGGAAUGAAAGAAAUAGGAAUAGUGCCAAGCCAGGUAGGGGUGAUGAAUGGUCUGACCCGUGGAUGCGAAAACGAUCACCAACGAGAAAGUCUAGACGAGUGUCAUAUUCCUCAGGCUCUUCUUAUAGUUCAUCAAGUAGGAGUAGAAGCUAUAGUAGCAGCAGUCGCAGCUCUAGGAGUUCGUAUUCCUCAUAUUCAAGUAGAAGCAGAAGUCGGUCUCGUUCGAAAUCAAAAUCUCGAUCAAGGCUUAGUCCAAUUGCAAGAAAAGAAGAGCUUUAUGGCAAAGGCAUGAUGAACCGGCCAGCCACAAAAGAGGCAGCUGUGAAGCUUCCAACCAAAGAGCAGCCCAUUAAAACUGAAAUUGCUCAACCCCCAAAAUUGGAGCCUGUGAAACCAGAACCUGUAAAACAGGAACCUAAGAGGCCGUUAGACUACAAUCCAUCUUUCCAAAAUCCUCCAGCACCUGAGAUUGAUGAAGAAAAGUUGAUAAGCAAAAUCGGUGAUGCUGCGAAGGAGACCAAAAAACUGACAAUUAACCCCUUUGGAAUUCAGCAACCUCCCACAAGGACGUUACCUGGCAACACUUUGAAAAAAGCCAAGCGGGCUCACAAAGCUAGAAAGAAGGCAAGUGGUAAAAAGAAAGAUGAAUCGGACAGUGACUCAGAUAGUAGUUCAUCAAGUUCUUCGUCGUCUUCCUCGUCAAGUUCGUCCUCAAGUGAUAGUGAGGGUGAAAGUAAGAAUAAAGGGAAAGCUAAAAAGAAGAUAGUAAUUGAUGGUAGGGAGGCGCUCGCUAAUAUAGUAAAAAUAUCUGCUAUGGACGCCUUGCGGAUGUCAGGACAGAAGCAGCAAAUCAAAUUAAAACUUAAGCCAACAGAGGCAAUAGCUGCUCCAGCUCUAAUUGAAUCCGAUCCUCCUGCUCCAUUUGCAACUGAACCUCCAACUCGAAAGAGAUCUAUUGAUACUUGUGAAAGUGAUGCCAAUAAGGCAUUGAAGCCAACCAGCUCAAGACGUGAAGAGCUACUGACACAACUUAAGGCCAUUGAAGAUGCAAUCAAGAGAAAGAGAUCAAAGUUGCAGUAGUGUGUCAAAAGACUUUUUUCUGUUGGUGUACAAAUUUUAAUUUUUUUUCAUGCAUGUUGCAUGUGUGUGGUGCGCCCGGAUAUAAUGUACAUUUCUCUCUAUGGAAUGAUUAUUUUAAAAGUUUUGCUAUUGUACUGUUGCUACUUGAAAUGAUAUUAAUUCUUGUCCUAAAGGCUGCAGGACAUGAAAUAAAAAAAUUAAUGGAACUUUAAUUAUUCAGA